GGCAUGAGGAGUGUACUAAACCAUUAAACCCUUCCUCAGCUACUCAGUUCCUCCUCUCCCACCACAGGAGGCUCAUGUGACCCUCCUCCUCCUCCUCCUCUUCCUCUUCCUCCUCCUCUUGAGCACUCGAUUAUGCCGGUGGAGAGGUCGCCCCCCGCACCCACCAGCCCCCUCGGCAACCCCCCCGCCCCCUUUCUGGCUGCAAACGGGCAUGAUGGAGUGGCUGUAGCGUCGACCCACAAGAGUACCAUGGAGCAGAAUGGGUUGGAGCAGAAUGGCGCCACAACACACCCCUACAUUGAGUCACCUCCUCCCAUGCCUUGGUUUGGUAUGGACAUCGGAGGAACCCUGACCAAGCUGGUGUACUUUGAGCCCACGGACCUGAGCGAGGCAGAGGAGGAGAGCGAGGUGGAGACUAUCAAGAACAUUCGGAAGUACCUCAAGAGCAACUCAGCCUAUGGGGAGACAGGCCACCGAGACGCCCACCUGCAGAUGGAGAAUGUGAGCGUCGGCAACAGGAUAGGAACACUCCACUUCAUCCGCUUCCCCACCUCGGAGAUGCCACAGUUCCUCGAGUUGUCCAAGAGCAAGGGCAUGGCCACCCUCGCCUCAACCAUCUGUGCCACGGGCGGGGGAGCCUACAAAUUUGAGCAAGACUUCCAGCGCGUGGGUAUCAAAGUGUGCGUCAGCCCCUCUCCCCCCCCAGCUGCCGGAGGACCCCCAGGUGAGGUGAAUCUGACCCUGCACAAGUUUGACGAGCUGGACUCCCUCAUCCACGGCAUUGAGUACAUCGAGGACAACAACAUGGACCGGGAGUGUUACUACUUCCUCAACCCCCGCUGUGAGGAGCUCUGCCAGAAGGUCACUUUUGACUUCAGCAACCCUUACCCCUUCCUGGUGGUAAACAUUGGCUCCGGGGUCAGCAUUCUAGCAGUGGACGGCCCCGACAACUACCGUAGGGUCUCUGGCACCAGUCUGGGGGGCGGCACGUUCCUGGGUCUGUCGUGCCUCCUCACCGGGUGCAAGAGCUUUGAGGAGGCCAUAGAGCUGGCGGCCCGCGGCAACAACGAGAAUGUGGAUAAGCUGGUGAGGGACAUCUACGGAGGGGACUACCAGAGAUUUGGCCUCGGCGGGGACAUUGUGGCCUGCAGCUUCGGCCACAUGAACAGUGCAGAGAAGAGGGCCAAGGUGUCGCGCGAAGACCUGGCCUGCGCCACGCUCAUCACCAUCACUAACAACAUUGGCUCCAUAGCCCGCAUGGUGGCAGCCAAUGAGAAGAUCGAAAAGGUCCUGUUCGUGGGUAAUUUCCUGCGCGUGAACCCCAUCUCCAUGAAGCUCUUGUCCCACGCAAUGGAGUUCUGGUCGGGGGGUCAGCUCAAGGCGAUCUUUUUGGAACAUGAGGUUUGUUAAGGAGGGGGAUGUGUAAGACUAAGGACUUUGCAUCA